AUGGAAGAAAUUUUAUUUCCAACCAAAUCACCACAUAUUACAUUUAUGUUUACUGGUCAAGGAUGUUGUUUUCCAAAAAUGGGUCUUGGUUUAUAUAAUAGUGAACCAAUAUUUAAAGAAUGGAUUGAUAGAAUUGAUGAAAUUUUAAAAUCAAAAUAUUAUGGUUAUUCAAUGUUUGAAAAAAUUAAUUCAAUUGAUGAAAAAGAUCAAGAUGGAUUAAACAAUCAACAUUUAUCACAUUCUGCUUUAUUCAUGUUUGAAGUUUCUCUAUGUAAAUUAUUAAAUUAUUAUGGUUUACAUCCAAAUUUAAUAAUUGGUAUAAGUUUGGGUGAAAUCGCAUCAGCAUUUUGUUCUGGUAUGAUUGAUUUAGAGACAUCAUGUUUUUUAACCUAUAAAAGGGCAUUCUCAAUUGAAAAAACCAUUAAUGGUGAUAGUACAUUAAUUAUAGUUGCAAUUUCUGAAAAUGAAUUUUUAAAUAAUUAUUCAUUGAAAUAUACAAAUAUUGAAAUUGCAAGUAACCUUACAUCAUCAUCAUUAUUAGUGGGUGGUAAAAAAAAUGAUUUACUUUCAUUUUGUCAAGAAUUAAAAGAAAAGAAAAUAUUUUUCGCUCAAACCUCAUUACCAACUUCAUUUCAUACAUCAAGUAUGGAACCAAUUAAAAAUGAUAUAAUUCAAUUAACAAUUAAUAAUCAGUCACCUAAAAUCACUCAUUUAUCAAGUGUGAAUUGUAAAUUCUUUAAUGGAUAUGAUAACCAAUUCAAUUCAACUUAUCUUUAUUAUAAUAUUCGUAAUCAAGUUUCAUUAGCUCCAACUGUAAAAGUAAUGUGUAAUUAUUUCGAUCAAAUGAAUUCAUUUGAUUUUUAUCAUCAUAAAAAUAUAGUGAUUGAAAUUUCACCCCAUAAUGCAUUAUUUCAACAUGUUCAAAGAACAAUUGAUACAAUUCAAAAUUUUCAAAGUAAAAAAAAUACUUUUUUCUUUGCUCCAUUAUCUAAAGGUAAAAAUGAAGUUAUAAAUUUAAAAAAAAUGAUUUUAAAAAUUAAUAGUUUAAAUUAA